AUGGCUGCCAAGUUACUUUCCCGCUAUGCGUGGGCAUCCAGCCCAUUUAUUGUGGGAGCCCCAAUGCGCGUUAUGUCCGGCCCGUCAUUAGCUCUAGCGAUUUCCCACGCUGGCGGACUGGGAUUCAUCGGGCCCAAUGUCAAAACUCAGGAUACAGAAACUGACCUCAAGCAAGUAGCAGAGCUGCUGGAAAAAACGAGUGCUUCAUCGGUUCCCUUCAAAGGCGUGCCAUCCACCAGUUGGCUGCUUCCAGUCGGCGUCGGAUUUCAGCUAUGGAGCGAUGACAUCAAUACAGCGGUCGCCGCUAUUCAGAAAUUCAAACCGUGCGCUGCCUGGUUAUAUGCACCAAAAAAGAGCCCGACAGAGUUCGAUGACUGGUCCAGCAGGAUCCGACAAGUGUCACCCGAAACUCAGAUAUGGAUUCAGAUUGGUACCAUCGCAGAGGCAAAACAACUGCUGUUGAAUUCCGAGAAACCGGAUGUGGUUGUUGUCCAAGGCUCGGAAUCUGGUGGCCACGGUCGGGCCAAGGACGGGAUGGGCAUCAUGUCAUUGUUUCCGGAAGUGGCAGACGAAAUGGCACGCAGUCAUAUUCCUCUACUAGCAGCUGGAGGAAUUGCCGAUGGUCGGGGAGUCGCUGCUGUACUAUGUCUGGGAGCUUCGGGUGCGGUGAUGGGGACUCGAUUCCUAGCUGCCCACGAGGCACGUAUUAGCCAGGGAUACCAAAAUGAGAUAAUACGGGCCUCCAAUGGUGCAGUCAAUACGACACGGACCUUACUUUACAACCAUCUUCGAGGAACUUUUGGCUGGCCUGUCGAAUACAGUCCCAGGACGAUCAUUAACAAGUCUUUUUUAGAGUACCAAGCAGGAAAACCCUUUGAAGACCUGAAGAAACUGCAUGAUGAAGCUCUCAAGAAGGGGGACUUGGGUUGGGGAUCCAGCGGUCGGCUUGCAACAUAUGCAGGUGCUUCUGUCGGUCUUAUUCACAAUAUAUCAGGAGCAGGAGAUAUUGUCCAAGAUGUCCAAAAGGAGGCCUUGGAGAGAAUUCAAUCAUUAGGAACAAGAUAA